GCGCGUAAUGUGCGUGCGUGCGUGUGCGUGCGUGUAGGGAGAAGGAGAGAGAGGGAUGGUGGAUGAGAGAUAUAGAGAUAGUGUUGGUCCUCCAGCUCCGUGAGGACACGAGUCUCCCUCCUGCUCCCGUUCACACGCUGAAGCGGGGCGACGCUCCUCCGGCUUCUCUCCGGCAGACAGGUGACCGUGGACCCCGGCUGAGGGGAGGAGGAGGAGGAGUGUGACACAGACAGCGCGGUUAUUUCUCUCUCUCUCUCUCUCUCUCUCUCUCUCUCUCUCUCUCACCAGCGUCGCGCAGCUUCCCUCUCCUUCCGCGCGUCUUGUUUCACCGAGCCGAGGAAACUGUCACACCUUCCCGCGCUUAUCCGCAGGUGAGACACGUGUCCGUUAUCUGGUAUUUCUUUAACUAUGACAUCAGUGCGGACCGCGGCGGGCUGCUUGGUUCACACCUCCAGGCGCGGAGUACCGGGUCGAGCCCUUUCAGGAGUUUAACGCAGAGAGCUGCCUUUUCUUUCUUUUUUUCUUUCUUUUUUUGGGGGGGCAACAACGACUCGUGGCUUUGGUUUUUCUUUUUUUUUCCCCUUUCCUCUGGUUCUUCUAAACAUCUGGAAUCCUGGAAUGGGCGCGCGAGCAACAAGCGACCACGGCGGUGUGCAGCAGCAGCAGCGGCGGCGGCGCUGCGCACACUUGCGAGGGAUUACGCAUCGGUGAGCCGGUGGCUGAGGUCGGUUUGUAUGUUUUAAAGCCUCGACACCUGCGGGUCUGCAGCCUGUGGUGACCUGACAUCGGCCGCGUGCCUCCGCCGGGGCGAGGACAGGAAUGAACUCGGUGGAUUUUGUGAAACUAUCCUGAAGAAGUGCCUCGCAGCGGUUCUACACCUCCCCCCUCCCCUCCCUCCCUCUCUCUCUCUCCGGUUUUUGGAGUCGUGCUUGGGUUCGAGAGACGGGUCUAACCAUGGGCAGGCACCCCGACGGUGUCCCCCGGGUCGGAGCGUGUCUCGCGGUCCGGGUGCUGUGGAUGCUCCAAGCCUUCCUGGACGCGGCCGGCACCCAGGAGAUUUACGCGCCGCACUCGAUCCGGGUGGAGGGCGACGUGACGCUGGGGGGGCUGUUCCCGGUGCACGCCAGGGGGGUCCCGGGGACGCCGUGCGGGGACAUCAAGAAGGAGAACGGCAUCCACCGUCUGGAGGCGAUGAUGUACGCCCUGGAUCAGAUCAACGGCGACGAGGAGCUGCUGCCCAACGUCACCCUGGGCGCCCGGAUCCUGGACACCUGCUCCCGGGACACGUACGCCCUGGAGCAGUCGCUGACUUUCGUCCAGGCGCUCAUCCAGAAGGACACGUCGGACGUGAGGUGCACCAACGGCGAGCCGCCGGUGUUUGUCAAGCCCGAGAAAGUUGUCGGGGUCGUGGGCGCGUCGGCCAGCUCCGUGUCCAUCAUGGUGGCCAACAUACUGCGCCUCUUCCAGAUCCCUCAGGUCAGCUACGCCUCUACCGCCCCGGAGCUGAGCGACGACCGGCGGUACGACUUCUUCUCCCGCGUCGUCCCCCCGGACAGUUUCCAGGCUCAGGCCAUGGUGGACAUCGUCAAGGCCAUGGGCUGGAACUACGUCUCCACCGUGGCCUCGGAGGGCAGCUACGGGGAGAAGGGGGUGGACGCCUUCAUGCAGCUCUCCAGGGAAGCAGGUGGAAUCUGCAUCGCGCAGUCACUGAAGAUCCCCCACGACCACAAACCGUCGGACUUCGAUAAAAUCAUCCGUCUGCUGCUGGACACUCGCUACGCCCGGGCGGUCAUCCUGUUCGCCUCGGACGAGGACAUCAGGGGGAUCCUGAACGCCAGUAAGCGAGCCGACCUGGUCGGCCAUUUCCUGUGGAUCGGCUCCGACAGCUGGGGGGCCAAAAACAGUCCCAUCCACCAGCUGGAGGACGCCGCCGUGGGAGCCGUCACCAUCCUGCCGAAGAGAGCCACCAUCAGCGGGUUCGAUGCGUACUUCACGUCGCGGACCCUGGAGAACAACAGGAGGAACGUGUGGUUCGCCGAGUACUGGGAGGAGAACUUCAACUGCAAACUGAUGAGCUCCUCCAAGAAGGACGAGAGCAGCAGGAAGUGCACAGGCCAGGAACGCAUCGGCAUCGAUUCCAAGUACGAGCAGGAAGGGAAGGUCCAGUUCGUGAUCGACGCCGUGUACGCCAUGGCCUACGCCCUCCACAACAUGCAGAGGGAGCUGUGUCCCGAAAACUCCGGCAUCUGCCCCGAGAUGGACCUGGCUGGAGGGAAGAAGCUGCUCAAGUACAUCCGCAGUGUCAGCUUCAACGGAAGUGCUGGUACGUCCGUGACAUUCAACCGUAAUGGUGACGCACCUGGACGCUACGACCUGUUCCAGUACCAGUGGAGCAACGUGACGGGUUCGGGCUACCGGGUGAUCGGACAGUGGACGGAGACGCUGCAGAUCAACAUCGAGGACAUGCAGUGGCCCCGGGGCGAGCGGGACAUUCCCAGCUCCGUGUGCAGCCUCCCCUGUAAAACCGGCGAGAGGAAGAAGGUGGUGAAGGGCAUGCCGUGCUGCUGGCACUGCGAGGCCUGCGACGGCUACCAGUACCAGUCCUCCGAGUUCACCUGCAAACUCUGCUCCUACAACAUGAGGCCCAACGCCAACCGCACCGCCUGCCAGCCUAUCCCCCUCACCAAGCUGGAAUGGCACUCGCCCUGGGCGGUGAUUCCUGUUUUCCUGGCGAUGCUCGGCAUCGUCGCCACAAUAUUCGUCAUGGCCACGUUCGUGCGGCACAACGACACGCCGAUCGUCCGGGCGUCCGGCCGCGAGCUGAGCUAUGUUCUCCUGACCGGGAUAUUUCUGUGCUACAUCAUCACCUUCCUCAUGAUCGCCAAGCCGGACGUCGGCGUGUGCUCCUUCAGGAGGAUUUUCCUGGGCCUGGGAAUGUGCAUCAGCUACGCCGCCCUGCUCACCAAAACCAACCGCAUCUACCGAAUCUUCGAACAGGGGAAGAAGUCAGUGACGGCGCCCAGACUGAUCAGCCCCACCUCGCAGCUGGCGAUCACCUCCAGUCUCAUCUCGGUGCAGCUGCUGGGCGUGUUGAUCUGGUUCGGCGUGGAUCCGCCCAACACCAUCAUAGACUAUGACGAGCAGAAGACCAUCAACCCGGACCUGGCCCGAGGCGUGCUGAAAUGUGACAUCACGGAUCUUCAGAUCAUCUGCUCGCUGGGUUACAGUAUCUUACUGAUGGUGACGUGUACUGUUUACGCCAUAAAGACCCGCGGGGUGCCGGAGAAUUUUAACGAGGCCAAGCCCAUCGGGUUCACCAUGUACACCACCUGCAUCGUGUGGUUGGCUUUUAUACCCAUCUUCUUUGGCACGGCGCAGUCGGCAGAGAAGCUGUACAUCCAGACGACCACACUGACCAUCUCCAUGAACCUGAGUGCGUCCGUGGCGCUCGGGAUGCUCUACAUGCCCAAAGUCUACGUCAUCAUCUUCCACCCGGAGCUCAACGUGCAGAAGAGGAAGCGCUCCUUCAAGGCCGUCGUCACAGCCGCCACCAUGUCGUCCCGACUCUCCCACAAGGCCAGUGAGCGGCCCAACGGCGAGGCCAAGACGGAGCUGUGCGAGAACGUGGACCCCAACAGCUAAUUUCAUAAUUUAUCAGAGGUCCGGCAGAGAAGAAGAAGUGCGUGAGCUACAACGACCUUGUGAUCUGACGGCGUUCCUCCAUCACAACCACAGACUGGAGAGAGAGAGGGGGGGGGGGAGAUGUCUGGUCUCUGGCCUGAUGAGUGAAAACAAGAAGAAAAGGAUGUUUUCAGUUUGUUUCGUUCCUUUUUUUUUGUUGUCUCAUGUUCUUCACCACAGACUCUCAGACGGAGCAAAGCCUUGUGGGACGCAGACGAUCACUCGGUCAGAGACAGUGAGGGAGCGAUUUGUAGAGGAAAGGGACAUGGUGAUGUUGGGAAAUGUUGGAGCAAAUAGAAAAAAAUAAAGCAGACUCUUUUCGUCCGUCGUGACUGAGAACAAACACCCGCGGACUCGUCGCAGCCGCUCGUGUCACGUGUCUCAUCUGACGAUGUCAAACGAAGGAGACGCCUCCGACCUGACGCGACCUCCGUACGGAGCGCGCCUCCUCUCGUUUCCUGGUGUACGUCCAAACUGCAGGUUUUCCGACCUUCCUGUCGACCCGUGUGUCGUUCUUCAUGGUUUAUGUGUUGGCCGACCUCAGUUUGUUGAUUUCAAUAUUUAUUUUCAAUAUGAUUGAGAUGUUGAUGAUCGAUCGUUUUAGCUUCUUCCUUCUUGGGCGCACUCUUUAUUUUAACGAAAGCCAUAUUCUUCACUUGAAGAUGUCGAGGGCUUUGUUCACACUGUCACCUGGAAUCUGAUUUUUAUCACUUAACUCUCUAAAAAACAGUGGUCGGCCCCGAACUGUCUGCAGGAACAUGAUCCUGUGCAACAGGAUAUAACAGAAAAACCAUAAUGGUUUGAACAUUCAUUCGUCCACAAAUGAAAUGAAGAAGUAUUUAGCUGUGAUGCUGCUGGAGUCUGUAUGUCUGUUCAGUCAUUUUUAACUUUGUUUCUUUUUAGGCAGCUGCAGCAGCUUCACUUGAGAUCACAAACGUCUGUAUUGAAAUUUUCUUGCUCAUUUUUAAGGCCUUAAAAGGUUUUGCUCUCAAAAUACUAUUUAUCGACCUGGAGCACUGAGAAGUUGUUUUUUGAUUGGCUUUUGCAAAGUGAGCAACAUCAACUCGCACAUCAUUAAAACAAAAAUGAAGAUAUUACAUGGACGAUGCAUUUUGCACGGCUCUAAACUGAAAUCGAUGGACAAAAAACAUUCAGAGUCUGAGCUUUUCAUGUCCGACCGAAAGAGAAGAGUCGUCGAUCAGAACACCCGACAUGGUAAAAAACAGAUUCCUCAGCUGCACGUGAAGGCAUCGCUUAAAAAAAAAAGAAAAGAAAAGGUGUUUGUGUUUUAAAAGGCCUUUCUGUUUGAAAUGUUUGUGGUCCCCACGAUGACGUCAUCCCCAACAUGUGUGUUCCUUCUCACGCUCACACACACACACACACACGCACACACAAUGACUUCUGCAGUGUUGUGUGUGUGUGUCUGAUGAUGAUGACGAUGAUGACCCCUAACUGUGUUGUAGCAUCCUGAAGAGAACCUUCUCCGGCCGGCGUCACUGGGCGCGCGCUGACAGUUUGAUGAUGUCACAGACGGCGGAGACAGCGGCGGUUGUUCAUGCAUGCCUGAUGUGUUCGAUGUUGAAACAGAAUCAGAAGAAGAAGAAGAAAAAAGUUUAAAAUAUUGAAAUUCUCACGACACGGUUGAUUCCACACGUCUGCUCUGAAUUGUAAUGUUUUUUAUUUACGGUCUGUUUCUUUACUGUCGACUUCCUCUGACACUUUCUCACUCAGCAGAAUAUAUGGCUUUGUUUUCUUUCUCCUGGAAAUGGAGAAAAAGAUGAAUAUAUAUUUAAAAAAAACAAAAUACUUGUUUUAAAAAAAGAACAAAAAAAGAACAAAGGAAGCAUGUAUGUUUUCUACUGUUUGUACUCGGUAUAUUCAUGUUGCCCUGCUGCUUAUGUGCCAAUGUUGUGGGAGAGAUUUACAUUUGGCCACUCAUGCAACUAUUCUGUGGUGUUGUCCGAGAAUGUAUCAACAUGAAAUUAAAAAAAAAACCUUUGGUUAUUUUUUUAUAUGUAUAUCCCCAGAGGAAAAAGCCGUUUGGUAUUUGUGUCUUACUCAUAGAACGCUUUUUUCACUUGAAUGGCCUUGAGAAAUAUUUCAUUUGUUUCCCUCCUCGUUCCACACGGACGUCCAUCAGUGUGCUCUUUUGGAUUUGUACAAUAUCAUAAUUUGCCUGAAAACAAAAAAAAAGUCUUGUCACCAUUUUUUCUUCUUCCCUUUUAUUUGCUCAAAUCGAGAGUUGACAUGGUUCCUUUUGUGCAGAAAAUGGACAGUGAAAAAAAGACUUGGAAUAAAAAAAUUUAAAAAGAA